AUGCUCGCUUCAAUGGCGACUACACGAUUGAAAGCUAGCUCAUCCAUGAGCCAAUGCGAAAUUACCGACCGCCAAAUCCGGACCAUGAUCAAAUCCAAUGACUCAGACUGGCAAAAGUAUCCAGAGAUCUUCCACACUACUGGGAACGGGUCGAAAGGCACACUGAAGGUUCAAUUUUACCCCGUCGCGUUGGCUACGAACCCAGAUGGUGUCAGAUACCUAUCAGAUGCACUCUUGAAUAAGGUCCUGCCGCCCUGGAAGGCUUACCUAACUCAAAGGAGACAGCUCAACCCACGUCACAAUAUAUGGAAGAGUGGCUGGAGUGACUGGUUGAUAAAGGAAAAAGACAAGCUGAAAGGAUUGAAUCUUUCGUGGCCUAGCAAGCAUGCCUCAGACAUUAUCCAGAGUAUGGGCAAUCCAAAGACUCCCACAGAAAGGCUCAAGGCGCCGGAUAGCACCCAGAAUGACGCACAAAAGAAGAACGCAAAUGGUCGAGGCAGUAAACGGGCUUACCCAGAUGAAGAUACCCAGCAUGACGUGCCCAACAAGAGAUCCACUCGCCUACAGGAACGGUCCAAUGGCUUGAGGAGCUCGAAAACCUCGGUUGAAUCAAACUGCAGCGAUGAAGAGAUGGUAUUCACACAAAGCCAGGAGCCUUCAUCGUCCCUUGAACCCCAUCAACGUCAAUAUAUGAGACCAACUUUGCCCCCUGUCGGUAAUCUCAUGAAUACAAGUGACACACAGGAAGUUCUGCCAAUCAAUCAGAUCAAACUUCAGUUCAAGGAAAGUUUCCUUAAGUUCUUGAAACGCAAUCGGAAACAAGCAGAUUAUCGUGACAGUAUGGCCAACAAGGAGGAUGGGAAUAAUAUGGUCUUCGAUGCUUGGCUUCCAGAACUCCUUGAAGAAUACGAAGAGCUUGAAAAACUUUCUGAGACUGACCUUGCGGUCCAAUCUGUGGGCCAAAAGGCAUUGCAGCAGAAUCUCAGCGAAGUUCAUACCGAGUCCAUGGCCAAGAUUCAGAAAUUCAUAUUGCUUAAAUGGCAGCAUGAAGACUUCUCACGGGAGAUGGCCGAGUCUGAGGGGAAGAUGAUUCUGGAGCUUUCCACUUCUCUGGAGAGGUGUAGGGCUGCCUCUGAAAGACUUCGGAGUACAUUCAUCACCGAAUGA